AUGAGAAUGUCUCAACAAGAAACACCAUAUACAUCGCCUGUUAAAUUGGGUCAAAUUGAGCAAGUCGGCGAGACUCCAAUGCAGAUACUUCUCCACCGGUUGAAGACAGAUGGGUUUGUUUUCUUCCAUGGAACAUUUGAAAACGACGAAAGGGUACAAGAUGUUUUCGUUAUCCACCCGGAGUCGAACAAGUUGUGGCGCACCUUUCCGCAUGUGUUGCUUAUAUACUCCACCUACAAGACGAACCGGUACAAAAUGCCACUAGUUCAGAUUAUCGGUGUCACAUCCACAUACUUAUCAUUCUGCGUUGCGUAUGCGUUCAUAGCCAACGAGAAAGAGGAAAACUUCAUGAUGUGCACAAAAUGCAACACAUAA